AUGCUUGAUCGAUUUUGUUUACAAAUUUUACCUGAAAUUCAUCAUAAAAUCAAAUGGCUCAAUCUUGAAUUAACAUCUAUGGAACAUAUUCUUCUUGCUACAAAUUAUCCUAACCUACAUGGGCUUAGUUUAUAUGGUAUUGAUGUAGAAAAAGCUCUAUCUCUUUUUAAUGAAGACAUUGUGUUUACUCGUUUAAACAAAAGACAAAUAUCAUCACUUGUUAUCGAUAUUAGUAAAGAUGAAAAACACAUUUUAAAUUUAACAAAAAAUGUCAAUAAAAUUAUAUUUACACAAAUCUUUACUAUGUUCACCAAUUUACAAUAUUUAACUUUCGAUCCAUCUUCAAUGUGGCAUCAACAAUUUUUAUUUGACAUGCCAUCUUCAAGUGUUAUAUCUUCUAAUUUGUUAGAAUUGCAUAUUCGUGUAACUAAUUUCACUGAUUUGAUUUAUUUACUUCAUGAACGUUUUAAUCAACUUCAUACAUUUCAUGUUAAUAUUAUGAUCAUUGAUUGCACCAGUUCAACAAUUCAUAGAGGGGAUAAAUUACCUAAUCUAAGAUGUUUUUCGUUAUAUUCUGAUAUGGAUGUACACGAUUAUGAUGAAUUAAUUGUACCACUUCUACAUCGGAUGUUGAAUUUAGAAAAACUUGAUUUACAACUUUUGGUGUAUCGUAAUAAAGGAUUCAUUAAUGGAAACGAUUUCAAAGAAGAUAUUAUCAAUCAUAUGCCAAGAUUAAAUAAAUUUACAUUUAAUAUUCGUUUAUUCAAUCGUCUUCCUAAUCAAAUUAAUAUACCUUCAAAUGAAAAUAUUCAAUAUACAUUCAAAGAUUUUAAAGAUACUCAAAUUAUUUCUUGUGUUGAUUAUUUUCAAGAAAAACAAUGUGGAUUAUUUAAAAAUGUUCAUACAGUAUCACUAUUUGAUGAACGUCCAUUUGAAUAUGAAUUUUUUCUUCAAAUUGCUCAAUCAUUUCCAUUUAUGAAGGAAUUAACUGUUACUAAUGAAAAACCACAGAAGAAUAAAUUAUAUAGAAAAUCGGAGAACGAUAAUCAAGACUUAUCAAUCAUUAGGUAUCCUCAUCUUACUCGACUCACUCUUCUUUAA